AAUUAAAUAUAAUAUUUGCCUGUAAGAGAAGUCUUUAGUAACGUUAACAGAUCUCACGUUGCAGUGACGGGAGCAACAUCGCAGCUUCAAGCGAAGUAGGGAAUACAGUCAUGAUCCAAGUCCAACAGCAGCGUCCAGCGAUGUUUUGUAACUUGCGGGGACGUUUUGUUGUAGCAUAAUAACAAGCGUCUGUUCAUCAUUGUACCUAAAACCUGCGUAUUUUUUGGGAUAAUUUUAUUAAAUAAUAAUAUUAUCUUCCUCUAUGUUUUAGGUGGGAAAUCAGGUAGCAAUAGUAAGAUUUUAGCUGCGGAGUGUUGAGGCUCAGCUCCGCCCCUGUCAGAUCCCGUAACUUGGCUCAGGGGAAGCGAAACUUAAAAAAAACGAAACCUAGUCUAUAAAAAACACGUCAGGCGUUCUCUUCAGCUCACAGUUAUUGAUUCCAAGAAGUUAAUUGUGUCUCCGAAGCCGUCAGAACACCAUGGCCACAGGCAGCUCCUUGACAGAUCAUCUCCUCUCUGACCAUCUUCUCUGUUCUAUAUGUGUUGCCAUCUUCAUUGAUCCUGUCUCUCUGAAAUGCCAGCACACGUUCUGUCGACAAUGCCUUAAAGAUAGUCUGAAAGCCGGCAACCGACAUUGUCCAGUUUGUCUGGAUCCAAUCAAGCAAAGUCGCUUCAAGGUCAACAGAAUUCUAAGAGACAUAAUGCAAGAGCUGAGAAGUGGAAUAGAAUCAGGAAUUAGUGAGAUUGAAGGGGCCAGAAGUGAGGGCUCCGAGGUGUGCCCCGAACACAACCAGCCCCUGAAGCUGUGGUGCAAGAAGGACAAACAACUAUUGUGCCUGGUGUGUAGGGACAGCAGAGUGCACCAAGGUCAUCGAUUCCAGCCCCUGGACGAAGCCAGGGAGGACAUUCAGAAGCGCGUGGCCUCGGUUCUGGGGGUGCUGAGAGGGGACAUCUCCAAGGUGGAGAAGCUGACCCAGAGGCAGCAGAUGGAGGUUACCACCCUGAGGUUGAAGGCUGACACACACAAAUCACAGAUUACCAACAGGUUUGCUGAGCUCCGUGUGGCUUUGAAAAGGAUGGAAGAGGAGGAACUGCAGAAAGUGGAGGUGAGCAGUGGACUGCUGAGAUUGGAUGGCAUGGAGGAGAACCUGAGGAAAAUGAAUGAACUGCUGGAGAGAGGAGCGAAGAGGUUUGUCUUGUUUUCAAAAUACCUGUCUGUUUUAAUACAAUACUGUCACCUGGACUUGUAUAACAUCAACCAACCAAUCAGGGAGAAACUUCUGCGGGCCGCUGCGGAGUGCAACGAAUCUGUCCUCUUUCUGCGCUGGUGGGGCCUGAAGUCGGUGAUGUCAGGCCAUACUGUCACCCUGAGAGGGGACAACUUGGCCUCCCCCUCCAGGAGUUUCCCCCGGCUGUGCCUGAAGAAGAGCAGAAUCCAGUACAGGAACCCAGACAGCCUGGAAGCCCUGUUCAGACCAGCUAUGGAGAAGAGCCUGAAAAGUUGCAUUGUCCCCAGGCUGGCUCCCUGGGAGCCCCCCCUGUUUGGGAAUGUAUGGGACAAUAUACGUUUGUUUUUUAGACGAAACCAAGAGAGGUAAUUUGCAUUUGGUAAGUCUUUAGUCGUUCAAUAUGCAUCUAUAACAACAUAUGUGAAAUGCGAGAAGUGUAAUUUUAUAUCUUCAUGUAGUACAAGUAGCUGUUAUUUAUGUAAUGGUGUAAUUACAUUAAGUAGGUAGGACAAACACCGCCUAACUAGGAUAGACUGUUAUCGACACCUACUGUAUGUAUCUUGACAAAUUGACCAGUCAGGAAACGUUUAGACUGAUAUGUACAGUGGGGAGAACAAGUAUUUGAUACACUGCCGAUUUUGCAGGUUUUCAC